GAAUAAACAUGAGCAGAGACGGUGACGGGGCCAUUCCGAAACGCCAUCGUUUUCUCAUCUCCUUCUCCUGCGCGGCGGCGUGAGAUCCAUUCCGUCACCGGAGAUCUCACCUCCACCGGCUCUUCCCGCCUUCAAAUCGAACAACCGUUGCCUCCUCCUCCUUCAUUCUAUACCACAAGCUUAUGCUGGUAAGACUUGUGAACCAAGAAGACAAUGGCAUCAGAUGAAGGUGAUAAUAGUGUUGGAAUGACGGAAGUUCAUGCGGAAGUUUCAGUUUCGUCUAUUCCCGAGGAGGAUUUGCGUGAUGUGAAUCAUAAAUACAAAGAUGGAAGCAAUGUAAAUCUGAUUUUGGAAAAUGGCUUCUCUGAUGGGAAAGAAGGUCAGGUUGAUGAUACGCACGAUGAGCUUCUACAAAUGGCUGUUGACCUUAGAUUUCAGAAUGAGUUCUUGAAGUCCCAGUUUGAGGGAUUUAGCAAUGUAAAUACUGUACCUAGUGGCUUUAAUACAGAGAAAGGAGUCGGUGACAGGGAAGAUGGGGAAUCCGACAUCGUGAAAGAACUCCAGGAAAGGUUAGAAUUGUUGAAUAAAGAAUUUCUAGAAGAAAAACAAACAAGAAUUGCGUCCGAAGAGGCUUUGAAGCACCUUCAAGUGGCGUACUCAGAGGCAGAAGCACAAGCCCAAAAACUCUCUGAAAAGCUUGUAGAAGCUCAAACAAAAUUGGAGCAAGAAAUAAAAGAACGUGAAGAGAAGUACUCUGAACUUGACUCCAAGUUUAAUAGGCUUCACAAACGAGCAAAACAACGUAUUCAAGAUAUUCAAAAGGAAAAAGAUGAUCUUGAGGCACGAUUCUCUGAGAUCAAUGAAACUGCUGAGCGAGCAUCAUCCCAACAGUCAGCAUUGCAACAAGAGUUAGACCGCACAAGGAAACAAGCAAAUGAGGCAUUGAAAGCCAUGGAUAGUGACAGGCAACAUUUAAGAAGUGAAAACAACAAACUUAGAGAUACCGUUGAGGAUUUACGGCGUUCAUUGCAACCUAAAGAGAGUGCUCUCGAGGCAAUGCAACUGUCACUUGCAGAAAAGGAACAGAUGUUGGAAGAUAUGCGAGGGUUGCUUCAGGCUGCUGAUGAAAAAAGGCAAGCUGCACUAGCUGAGCUCUCAGCAAAACAUCAAAAGAAUAUAGAAAGUUUAGAGGCUCAACUUAAUGAUGCAUUCUCCGAUAGAAGAAAGGCAACUGAAUCCAUUUCUUCACUGCAGGUUCUAGUUGCAGAGAAAGAAUCGAGAAUUGCAGAAAUGGAGGCAGCAUCAACUGGAGAAGCGGCACGACUCAGAGCAGCUGUGGAAAGUGUGAAGGGAGAGCUCUCUCACCUCAAACAAGAGCAUGAAAAAGAAAGGGAAAGCUGGCAGAGUGCAUCUCAAGCACUUAAGGCAAAACUUGAAAUUGCCGAGAGCAACUGCAUACGUGCCGAAGUUGAAGUUGCCAAAAUAAGAAGUCAAUUUGAAUCGGAGCUAUCUUCACAAUCCAGGAUCCUCAGUAUGAAAGAUGCCGAAUUGUUGGCUGCGAAGGAAGAGAUCAGCAGUCUUGAGAGGGAGUUUUCUUCAUACAAAGUUCGUGCACAUGCACUUCUUCAAAAGAAGGAUGCAGACCUGGCUGCAGCUCAAGACUCUGAACAACUCAAAGCUCUUGAGGAAGCUCUGAAAGAAGCUGAAAAUGAAGUCUUAUCAAUAACAGAAGAAAGGGAUAGAGUUCUUCAAGAUCUUCAAUCUUCUGCCUCUAAUCAUGAGAGAGAACUUGCAGAAAGAGACACGGCCCUUGAAAAUGUCAAGCAACAUAUAAGGAGCUUAGAAAUAAAGCUUGAUUCAGCCAGUGCUCAGCACCUAAAAGAGAAAGAGGAAUGGGGACUAAGCCUUCAAAAUGUAGAAGAAACCUGGAGAAUCAGAUGCGAGGCGAUGAAGGCUGAAAAUGAAGCAACUGUUGCAGAAGCUACGCAGAAGGAACUGGAAGAGCUCAAACAGCGAUGUAAAAAACUGAAGGAAGAGCAUGCUUCAUUUCAUGAUCUUGCUGAUAGAAUGAUUGAGGACAAAGACAGUGAAAUAUCCAGACUUUUAGAUGAAAAUAAAAAUCUUCGCCAGUCUCUUCAAUCAAGGCCAGCACUUGAUCAAAAUGAUUAUUAUAGCACAGCCUUGCAUAAAUUGGAUUCAACAAACUUAAGUCCCUCAGCUGCAGAGCAACAAAUUCUGAUUUUGGCUAGACAACAAGCCCAAAGAGAGGAAGAGUUGGCACAGUCACAGCGCCAUAUUUUAGCACUUCAAGAUGAAAUUGAGGAGCUUGAACGUGAGAAUCGUCUCCACAGCCAACAGGAAGCAGUGUUAAAGGCUGAGCUUCGCGACAUGGAAAGAGCAAAGAAAAGGGAAGGUGUAGAUAUGACGUAUUUGAAAAAUAUUAUCUUGAAACUUCUUGAGACAGGUGAAGUGGAGGUAUUGCUACCAGUUGUUGGGAUGCUGCUUCAGUUUAGUCCAGAAGAGAUGCAGAAGUGUCAACAGACAUAUCGUAACACAGCAGAUGUUCCGCCGACUCCAAGUCCAACAAGUGAUGCUUCAGGAUCUGGCCUAUCUCUUUUCUCAAGGUUCCCAUUUUCAUAAUCGUGUAAAUCGGAAUGCUGGAGAAUUCUUUUGCUGAUGUUCUUCUAUCUUCCAUCUCGAGUGUAGUAUGUUAAUUUACUUACUGUUACUAAGAAAGCAGAUUUGUAUCUGUAAAUUAAAUUAAGGGGGGGGGGGGGGGGGGGGGAGGUGAUCGUAGGUGGGUUACAAGUUUCAACAGCAACUGUUCAGUUGUAGUGUUUGGAAGGCUAUAUAAGCUGGAAAGAAACAUUAAAGAUACUAUACAACAAAUAUCACAACAGGGUGGGAGAAGUCACAGGGUGUUCUGCCUUUUAUCUGGUUGAGGGACAACAAUAUAAUUCAUUUUUUACCAUUGUCGAAGAGUUUUGCUAGAAAACUGUAACAUAUUUUAUAUGUAUAUGAAUUUCCAAUUUGGCAAGGCCAGAGGAAUGAAAGUUCUCCUUUUGGUUCCAUAA